CCGAAUGUAUAACUGUAUAUCUACAGUUUAUUCCUUAUGUCAAAUUCAAAUGUUUUUCUGUUGACGGUUAAACGUUAAAUAUAGCAACGUGAAUAUCAUAGAAUUGAUAUUUUAUUAUAAUUUUGUUCUAUCAAAUAUAUAUCAAUAUCAAUGGAUCGUUUAAAUCAAUUCAAAAAAAAACGUUUCGAAUUUGGAAGUAUUGAAGCUCGCAUAACUCGAGCAUGUGAAGUUGAAAAAAGGCGUAAACAACAAAGAGCUAAAGAUAUUGCUCGAAAUAGAUUUGCCACAAUUGUUGAUGAGAAACUUUCGGAAGCUAUUUUACUUCCUGAAGAGCUUCAAUCACAAAAUGCACAAGUUAAUAAUCGGGUGAAACAAUUGCUGAAAUGGAAAGCUGACAAAGAAAUGAAAAAAAAAGUCGAUGCUCAGAGUAAAAAACCGCCCUUUGUUGUGGGUAUUCCCCAUCACAAGCCUUGGUCUGCAACAACUGAUAACUUUACAACUCUUGAUUGUCAACAUCAUAAAAAAAAUAAAACUCAUCUGAUAGUUCCAACAAGAAUAACUCGAGCUACCGCUAAAAGACUUGCUGAAAAAGAAAAGAUAGCUAAGUCUGAUACAUUGCUAAAAUGUAAACCAGAAACAACUAAAAAGAAGAGAAAGAAACGUAGUGAAGAACCUAUUAUGACUUUUCCAUCAAUAGAACAUCAUGUAUUUCAUGCACCUAAAGGUAUUGCUCCCGUUCGAAUGUUAGAUAUACAAAAUUUCUCGACAGACAAAAAACCACAAACUUCUACUACUAAUAUUAUUAAAGUCUUUAACGAUAAUAAUAUAAAAAAUGAAGCAACAUUUAACGUGAAUUUGAUUAAAAAUGUUAAUAAUAUGAAUAAAAACCAAAGUGAAAUAAUACUCGAAAAUAAUUCAUUACGCGAUAAGGAUACGAAUGUUCUAUUCCAAUCAUUGGUGCCAGCAGCUCUCUCCCCGUUUGUAACAACUAAACGUGGAAAAAGUAAUAUAAGAGAUGAACAAAGAGAACGUUUAGGUUUGAAUAGUCCACGAAAUGCAGUUCCUACAAAGGACAAUAUCACGGAUAUUCUCAACGCCUCAGCAAAUGAAUCUCCAAAAACUGCACAAUAUUAUAAAUAUCUUCUAAAUCAAGAAACUGAUCGAUUGCAUAAUCUUUGUGAAAAAUGGAAAAAAAUUCAAGAAAGUUCUGAAACAACUGAUGAUGGUCAAUACAUUAUCAAUCAGGCAAUUGGACAAACAAUUUUAUUAAUAAAUAAGAAGUUUAAACGAUUCGACGGAUUAGUGUCAGAUUGUAUAACAGGUAAUAAAGAAUUACUUGUAACAUGCCGAGAUCUUCAAGGAUUUUGGGACAUGAUGUCAAUCGAAAUAAAGGAUUGUCUUUCACGUUUUGAAAAAUUAGAAAUAUUAAAAACAAAUUCUUGGAUUGAAGAGAAACUAGAUAUAAAGAAAGUAGGAAAACUUAAGAAGCAGCCAAUAAUAAAAAAUAAAAUUACGGGUAAAAGCAAUAUGCGAGCUUUUAUUGAAGCGUCCAGAAAACAAAAAAUGAAUGAUCAAAAAAUUAAAUUAGAGCUUGAUCAUCAAAUAAUGUUUUCAAAAAGUCCAUGUUACCAUACUAGAGCAAGUACAGGAAAACAAAAUCCACUAAAAACUGAACCAAAAUUAGAUAAUUCAAUAUCUUACAUUACAUCAGAACAAACUCGAGGAAAAGGGAUUCUUAAACAUAAUGAAAUAGAAAAAUCUUACGAUCAAUUUGAUAAAUCUGCGGUUAAAGUAAAUUUUAAUGAAGUAAUUAAUUACGAUAAAAUUUCACCAAACAGAAUUGUCGAAAGAAAUGAAAAUCCAACAUUUCCAAACAUAGUAAAAACUCGCAACUUCAACAAAAAUAUAGGUAUCAAUAGUGAUAUUUUGAAAAAAACUAAUUCUUAUUCUAAUUCAGAAGCAUCGUCAGAAUUAAUAGCACAAGAUAAUGAUAACAUGAAAUCAUUUUCUAAAAGAGGAAUAACGAAAAAACGAAAAUCACUUCUAAUAUGCGAUAAUACUAUAUCAUCAUCAAGAAUUUUGCGAAGUCAUUCACAAUUUGAUCAUAAUAAUGCAGCAAAUAAUGCAUUAGAUAAAAUCGACAAUUUGAAAGAAAAAAAUAGACAAUUGAUUUCGUCUCCUUCAAACAAAUUGAAAAUAAAAUUAAAUCGUGAAUCAAUAAAAGAGAAUGACUAUAUAUUAACUCCCCAUCAACGUAGAUCUACUCGAAAAAGUACAAAAUUGAAUUAUUCAGGUGAAUGUACCGCUUGUACACCUGUAAGAAAAAUUAAAUCAGUUGAACUUAAUUGUUAAGAUUUUGUUAGUAAAAAUUUCAUUUUUUUUUUAUUUAAUAAAUAAUCUUUUAUGAAUUUACAACCUUAAUACAUAUUUAUUUUGAUAAUAUUAAUAAUAUUUGAUUGAAAUGAUAGUUAAACAUGAUAUAUGAAUUAUUUACAAAUAUCAAAAGUAUUUUACUUCACCAUACAUUUCAAUAUAAAAUUCAUAAAUCUUAAUUCAUGUGUGGAUUUAUAUCAUAAUAUAACAGAGUAUAAUUAAAUUGAAGAAUUAUUUUUCAU